AUGCAUCGAAAAGUGAUCAUGCACGUCGGCCCUACCAAUUCCGGGAAAACGCACCACGCUUUACGCGCACUCGCAGCGAGCAAGAGGGGUGUCUACGCAGGCCCGUUAAGGCUUCUUGCUCACGAAGUCUGGGAACGGCUCAACCUAGGACAAAUAAUCCCUUUGGGGAUGGACGAGCCUCCAAUUUCAACCACCACCACAGCAACAGACGACGUCACCCCCUCCCCCUCAAAAGAAAAACAAACAACCUACGCACGAGUCUGCAACAUGAUAACAGGCGAAGAACAAAAAAUAGUAUCCGAAGACGCCCCCUCUUCUCCUGCACCGUCGAAAUGCUAA